ACGACAAAACUGGAGCUUUAAAGCAUUGCAAGUAUCUGUGAGUUAUUUAAAAUAUUAUUUGAAGCCGCAACUGUCGUAUCAAACUUCUUCUUGUUUUCCAGAUAAUUUAAAAUUACAACCCGAAAUUUUCAUGACCCCUUUGCUAACGGCCGAUUACAAUGGCUACCAGGCUACAUUUCAGGAAGCCAUGAAGCUCACUAUCGUUAUAGGUCAAUUCUUUGGAUUAAACCCUGUGACUGGUGUCUCAGAAAUCGACGCGACCAAAUUAAGAUUUCAAAUACAAUCUUACAGAUUUGUCUACAGCCUUUUGUCAAUCAUCGGGCAAUGUACUGUUGUGUCUUUUUGUUUACUGAAGUUAUUUACAGAUUCAAACCCUAAUCUCUCUGCAAAUUCGGCGUUAGUAUUCUACGUCACCAACUGCAUAACGACUAUAUUAUUUCUGCGCGUUGCAACAAGAUGGCCAAGGCUCUGCCAACUUAUAUCAAAAACCGAGGCGUCCGACCCAAGCAUUGAUCGGACACUUAUUAAAAAAUGUAGGGUGUCAUGUGUACUAGUCCUAACAAUGGCUUUGCUGGAACACAUUCUAUCCGACAUGUCAUCGAUAGCGGGUAUUAUAGAUUGCCAGAAAGGAAAGAAUGUAUAUGAAACGUUUGUAGUUGCCAGUUGUCCUUGGAUUUUUCAAUAUACAGGAUACAGUCCUUACGUAGCAAUUUUUACACAGAUCAUCGGCCUCCAAUUCACCUUUAACUGGAACUUUUCGGACGUGUUUGUGAUUUGCAUUAGUUUUUAUCUAACGUCUCGACUCGAACAAGUGAACCGUAGAAUCGAAUCAGUUUUUGGAAAGCACGCUCCCUCCUCGUUUUGGCGCACUCUGCGUGAGGAUUAUAGCCGCAUUACGGGAUUGGUUCGACGGGUCGAUGACGUCAUAGGAAGCAUAAUUUUUAUAUCGUUCGCUAACAAUCUUUUUUUCAUUUGCCUUCAGCUCCUUCACACGCUGGCGGAGGGAAUAAGAAGAAAUCCUUCAUGUAGGCUAGGAGAGCCGGAUGAAAGACCAUUUCAAGGCUAUGAGCAAACGGUAUAUUUCGUGUACUCGUUCGGGUUCUUAAUCGCGCGCUCGCUGGCAGUCUCGCUUAUCGCUUCGCGCGUGCACACCGCCAGUCGGGAACCCGCGCACGCACUCUACUUUGUGCCAUCCACAGCUUACUCUGUAGAGGUACAAAGAUUUUUGGAUCAGAUACACGGAGAUACGAUUGCUUUGAGUGGCCUUAAAUUUUUCAAUGUAAAACGUGGAUUAGUUUUAACGAUAGCUGGAACCAUUGUGACUUAUGAACUUGUACUGAUGCAGUUCACUGGAGUCUCACCAACGCCAUCACCUUCUACCAUUACUAUACCAAUAUUUAUUAACUCUUCUUAUAGUAAAGUUUAAUAAUGCUUAAGUAAA